UGGGAAAUUUAAAAGUUUAUAAAAAGCUAUAAUUAGAUGAAAAAAGACGGCAAGGGAUUCUUGAGUAAUUAUUUGAAAAAUGUUCAGUCCGGUUAAAGCUUCCAACGAACGCAACAGCUCUACGCAAAACACACAUAAUAAAGCGCGGCAUUUAUUUUUUUCAUAAAAAAGUUUUAUCAAACAAUUGAAAAAGUGUAAUAGAAGUGUGAAAUUGGUUUAAUAUUGAUAAGUUUUCUUUUGUGAUGUGAUUCCAAUAGAAUACAACAAAUAGGAUUAAAAAACUGCAAGACAAACAGCAAUGAUUAUGGACAAAGCAUCCAGAAUAUUCACACUGGACGACGAACAAAUGAGAUGGAAAGACGCCAAAAUAAACAUAGAAGACACAUCUCUGGAUGUUUCUAGCGAAGACAGCGCUUCCAGUCAAUAUGAAAACGAACCCAGGAUUCGAGUGACCCCUGCCCAAGAAAUAUGGAACCCAGAUGACGUAUGGAAGGAAUUACAGGCGUAUCCCAAUACAGAAGGUUUAAAAGAACUAAUACUUUCAGAUGACUUAGAAAAUACUUUAUUAAAAAAUAAAGAUAUUGCAUUUUUGUUGGCAGCAUGGGCUGGAAAGUUGGAUAUAAUGCAUGCUCUUUUCAGUAAAGGCGUGUCAGUUAAUGUGAAAGAUAAACUAAAUCGUACAGCUCUACAUUUUGCCUCGUACGCUGGCCAUGCUGAAUGCGCUCUGUUCUUACUACAAAACGGCGCAGAAAUCGGUGAAAAAACCGAAGAAGGCUCACUCACUCCCCUGCACUGCGCAGCUGCGAUGGGUCACUUGAGCUGCGUGAAGCUGCUCAUCAAACACGGCGCAAACGUCAACGCGGGGAUAGAGAAGAAAAGCCCUUUGCACUACGCAGUACAAAAUAUGGCGGUGGACUGCGUGAAGGAACUGUUGGAGAACAAGGCUAUACCAAAUACGCCACAGGUUUAUAGUGAAACCCCUCUUCAUAUAGCAGCUGCUUUGGGCAAUCACGAAAGCGUAGAGCUGCUGAUAAACUACGGAGCAGCUGUCAACGUGCAAAGCGGUCCCGACAGAAUGACACCGAUACAUCUAGCCGCCGAGCAGGGUUAUAACAGCUGCAUCAAGCUGUUGGUCGAAGCUAGGGGAAUGGCGAAUUGUAUGAACCGGAAGUUACAGACUCCACUACACUUGGCUGCGUUGAAUCAGUGCGUGGAGACAGUGGAUAUACUUUUAAAGAAUUGCGCCAAUCCCAACUCACCCGACGUGGACGGUCGCACACCCCUCCACUGCUCCGUGGUCAACGUGCAGCGUUCCUGCGACCUCGUGCGCAGCCUCCUCAGCGCAGGAGCCGAUCCCAAUCGAUCGGACUUAUUCGGCUACACUCCGAUGCACUUGGCUGCGCUGCACGAAUUCUCCAAAUGCGUGACGUUGUUGCUAGAGUAUGGUGGUGACGUCACGGCCAGGACUAAAGGUGGUAUUUCGGUGUUAAAUUUUGUCACAAAGAAGACGCCCGAAGUAAUACCGCAGUAUAUUUCGAAAUUUGACAACUCCAUUCGUCUGAAUGAACACGACCUCGGAGACGUAGACUGUCAACUCAAACUUGACUUCCGCAUCUUAGUCCCGACCAUGGGCAACCAAGAAACAGCCCUAUUGGUCAAUUUCAUCGAAGUCGGACACAAAGAAGUCCUUGAACAUCCACUCUGCAAAACCUUUCUUCUCCUAAAAUGGCAAGUUAUGCGCAAAUUCUUUUUCCUCAUCUUCUUCUACAAACUGAUCUUCAACAUAUUCUUCGCAGCGUAUAUCAUAGCGAUAUAUUUGAAGGACUGUCCUUCAGCUAGGAGAGGACAGCAACCACAAACCUGUCUUGCUUCUCCCUACGCUAUUAACAUAGGUUACGUUGUUUUGAUUCUGAAUACCCUCUUGGUUUUGAAAGAAAUGUUCCAGAUUUUUCACGACUGGAAGACUUAUAUUAAAGAAUGGGAAAAUUGGUUACAGUGGGCUACAAUAAUCACAGUUUUUUGUUGUGUCCAGCCUGUACCAGACAUGAAAAUAAAAGAAGACAUUUAUAACUGGCAACAUCAUGUGGCAGCUAUCAGUAUCUUCCUCAGUGAGCUAGAACUCAUGAUGAUAGUUGGCAGAUUCCCAGCCUUUGGUAUAUAUGUCCAAAUGUUAACGACAGUUUCACUAAAUUUCACAAAAUGCAUGUGUGCAUAUUUUUCCUUAUUUGUUGCAUUCACUCUAUCAUUUGGAGUAAUAUUCCCGAACUACCCAGCUUUCAGAGACCUAAAAUGGGUCUUUAUUAAAGUAAUAAUAAUGAUGUCUGGAGAACUGGAAUAUGAAGACGUUUUUUUCUCUGAUACCUUCGACAUAAAGUACCCAGUCACAGCACAUUUUGCAUAUUUAGGCUUUGUAUUACUUGUUACAGUUAUCCUAACAAACCUGAUGGUAGGUCUGGCUGUCAGCGAUAUACAGGGACUUCAAAAAAGCGCGGUUCUGCAUAGAUUAGUGAGACAAGCAACUUUAACAGCUCAUUUAGAGAGUAUGCUGUUUUCAAAAUUACUCAGAUGGGCUCCAGAAAAACUGAUGACAUUUCUACAUGAUCAAGCUUUAUUACUGAGAUCUCAAAGAAAUUGGACAAUGGACAUCAGACCUAAUGACCCCAGAGAAACAAAAAUACCAAAAAAUUUGAUAAAGAGCAUUUAUCAGUUGGUUUGGAACAAAAAAGAAAACAAGAGACAAAGAUCGACAAGGAAAAGCUUCUACGCCCCUCAACUUUCUAACAAACGAUUAUACAAAAAAUACAGAUAUGACAAAAAUUGUGCGGCAUCCAUGUUGCAAAUUGAAAAAGAAAUUGUUUUAGAGAUAAAUAAAAUUAUUAAAGAAAAAUUCGAUCGGUUUAGUAGUGAUCGUUCUUUUUCUAAUAAUAAUGAUGAAAAUAAUGUAAGUUUUAAUAGUUCAGAUUAGUUUGUAAUAAGUUGUAAUAUUUACCAGUAAGUCACACGUAUAUUCAUCUCCAUUAUCAAGGGUAAUGUUGACAAUAUUGCCUUCGUAAUCAGGCAAACCAUAUUUUGUAACUUUGGCAUUAUAAAGGACGUUUACAUUA